AUGGCUGUUGCUGCAAAGUUCAGUUUUUCCGUGAGGAGCAUCCUGGAUUUGCCUGAACAUGACGCCAAGUCAGCGCAGCCUUCCCCCGGUAACUCCUGCGCCAGUUCCCCUUACUCCUCCUGGAUGGACAGCGACCGGAGCCCUUGUCUCUGUAAGUCCCCUUGGUUGAAACCUGAGCAUAGAAACAGAUAGGCCUAACCACUUCAAAUCCAUAUAAACACAUAAACCUAACUGGAUUAUAUGGGUCCUGCUUAAAUUGACACAAUUUAAUAUCAUCCACAGCGAUUUCCAACAUGUCUGUUUUAUGAGAUCCAAUAAGGUAUCCAUCCAAUUAACUAAGCAUAAUGUUAUAAUUUGAUAUACACUUUAUAAGGAGAUUCAAAUUGGGAAAAAAUACAUCUCUGUAGCUAUGUAUUUCUGGUGAUAUUGUAUCUCGUGAGUUGUUUAUAUGGUUCAUUGAUCAGUUUAAAAACACUAUUUUUAAUUCCUCAGCUUCAGAUGAGGGCAGCCUGGAGGUCUCCCCAAACAAGUCAGACGAGUCUUCUCCUGACUCAGAGGCCGAGAAGAAGAGGAAGCGCCGUGUGCUCUUCUCAAAAGCCCAGACCUUCGAGCUUGAGAGGCGCUUCUGUCAGCAGCGCUAUCUGUCAGCACCAGAGCGGGAGCAGCUCGCCCAUCUCCUCAGCCUAACGCCGACGCAGAUCAAGAUCUGGUUCCAGAACCACAGGUACAAAAUGAAGAGGUCGCGAGCAGAGGGAGCGUCGCAAGACAUAAACCAAUCGCUAAUGUUGCGAAGAGUGGUGGUACCCAUCCUAGUUCGGGAUGGCAAGCCUUAUCAGACCUGUUUCAUUAACACGGAGAAAGGAGGCUGUCUUAGACCGACCACGUCGACGGGUACACCCUUCAGUUUGGGGUACCAGUCUUUCCAGCUUCCGUCGCCGUUCGGUCUACCUUCCCCAUACCAGCAUUUUGUCCAGUCCGGCAGCAUCUAG